AUGGCGGCUUUGGCGCCGUGCCAUUGGAGGUCGGGCCAUGUUGCGACAACAAUGCGAGCGCACAGGGCUGCGCAGCAUGGGACACAGGGUGUCUGGCAACUACGUCCGCAACCUCUGCAAUGCUUGGCUUGCUCUUUUGCGGGCAUGCUGGCGUCGGAGCGUCGGAGGCGUCGGAUAGAAGGAGGCAAAUGCCGCUGUCAUCCGCGUACUCGGGGCCAUCGCGCUCGGAUGCAGGCUGCCGCCAAAGAUGCCGGCCGUGGACAGAAGGCAGGGAGCGAAGCAGAAGACUUUUUCAGUGACAUUCGAAAGCCGCCUCCGGGUCAGAUCAACUCCUUCGUCCCAGGGGCGUCGCUGGAGGAUGCAAAGAUGUUCGCAGCGACGCGAACCAUCGCGGUGGCACCAUGGGGGGAGGACGUCAACCCAAAGCCCAUCUUUGCCGUCUCCGACGGAACCGGACAGGUGGCGAAGAUGAUCGCAGAGAUGGGCUUCAGGCAAUUCGGUGACGUGCAAAAGGCCCAGGUGGACGUCAUCUCCGGGGUGAGAACCGAGGAGGACGUGAGGAAAGCCGUUGAGCAGGCGGCGAACUACGCUCCUGAUGAGUCACUGGCCAUUGAGCAAGCCGGGGCCAUGAUCAUUUUUUCCUUGUCGACGUCCCUUGGGAACUUUCUGGUCGCCGAGUGUGGGCGACAGGGUGUGCCAUGCAUCAACGCGAUGGGAAGUGUGGUUCUGGGCCUCGAGGAUUGCUUCCAGGUCGAACGAGGCAAGGCCAGAAAGGAGAACAUUUCGUGUGCACAGCUCUCUGAAACGAAUACCGGCGAGGGGCUUUGCACCCAGGAAGGUUUGCAGAUGUGCACGCGAAUCUUCCCGGGGGGCCUUUUCUACUGCAUGCCUUUCCGCUCCAGAGAAGAACGAGGAUUGAUGCCAGAGCUGGCCGGCUUCCUCAGCGAUCUGCUAAAGCUUUGCUACACGAUCAAAGUGCGGUUCGUCCUGCAUUUGAAGUACGAUCGCUUCUGUGAGCUGCAGCAGUACAACUGCUUCAAGGAGCUUGCAAGGAAUCUAUCCUUUGAGAUAUCGAUAUUCACGAUGUCUUCUUUUGGAGCCACGAAGCAGCUGCUUGGUUUGCAAUGGACCCCGACUGUUCUAUGCGGAACUGACAAGCUUGUCAUCAAUGGUCUGAAGCACAUGGCGAAGAACAUGGGGUUCACGGUACGAAGCCACCGGCGACUGAAUGCUGCAUUUCCAUAUCGACGACACGUCGCCGACGAGAUCACGGGCACUUAUAUUUAUGGAGUCGUGGAGAUGAUUCUGCUCCGACAUCGACGGACUGUCAACGAGCUGCUGACUGCGAACAUUCCGCGGAUGUUCGACAGGAUUGCUCAUGAUAUGAUUGAGCAGGACAUCGACUCCUGCUUCUUGGUCACCGAGAUUGGACAAGUGCUGUUCAAAUCCCCGCGGGUGGAGAUGAACUUCGAGGCCGAGUUCAUUUUAAUUCCGCAUAUGAGACAUCCCUUGACCCAUUCCUUCAGUGAAGUUUUAGAUACCGAGCCUCGUCAGGAGGGCGAUCUGUUUGUGACCCGACCGAUUGCUCCGAUGCCAGUGCCAGCUACAGCACCUACGGUGCCCACGGCACCUACGGCGACUGCUCCAGUCACGAGCGCCGAGGCCUGA